AGAGGGAGAGAGAGAGACUAAUAUCAUACAAGAAACCACAAUAUGAGAACAACCCACAAUGCAUUGCGUGCUGUACUUUAAAUACAAAAGUCCACAAUGGAAAUAAACAGCACAAACAGCUGUAACCGAGGCGCUGUGGCUGGAAUCACGUAAUAAUAAUAAAAAUAAUAAUGCAGAUAUUGGAGUUGGAUUAAUCUGUUCUUUCCACUGUGCGCGCACAUGCACGGGUGCAGCAGAUGUCUUCAGGCUGCAGAGGACCACGUCAGAGGCGCAAACGGUGCAAAGUGCACACAGGAAGCGCAGUCUGCGCCUUCUGUCCCCCAGCAGCGCCCGCACAAGGCACGAUGCGGCCCGGUUCCGGCGCUAAAGUUGUGGUCCAGCCGCGGUUCUGGCCAGUCUUGUGUGUUGUGUCUCUGUGGGUAUCACCUGCUCUCUUCCACCCGCAGUGUUUGGACUUUAAGCCACCCUUCAGACCGCGCAGGGAGCUGGAGUUUUGCGUCAUGUACAAGGAGUUUGGCUGCUGUGAUUUCCACAAAGACCAGGAGCUGAUGUCAAAGUUCUACAGGAUCACGGACCAUUUCGACUAUUAUGACUACGCAACGUGUGCCGGCUCCGUGCACGAGCUGCUGUGCCAGGAAUGUUCUCCCUAUGCGGCCCAUCUCUUUGAUGCAGAGGACCCCAGUACGCCAGUCCGGACCAUUCCUGGGCUUUGCCCGGACUAUUGUUCCCAAUUUUGGAAGAAGUGUGCCUCCACAAUCCCUUUCCUCUCUGAUGACCCGCACAUCGCUCAGGUCAAAGGAGAUGAAAAACGCCUCUGUGGAUGCCUGGCGCUAAAUGAUGAAGACUACUGCUACCCACACCUCCUGAGCAACCAGCGGCUCACUCAAAACCUGGGCCGGGUUCAGUCAGACUCAGAUGGAUGCCUGCAGCUCUGCGUGGAAGAAGUUGCCAAUGGGUUGCGGAACCCGCUAGCCAUGGUGCAUGCCAAUGAUGGCACACAUCGCUUUUUUGUGGCGGAACAGGUGGGCUUGGUGUGGACCUACCUUCCUGACAGGUCUAAACUGGACAGACCAUUUUUAAACAUUACUAAGGCGGUGUUAACAUCAUCAUGGGAGGGAGAUGAGCGAGGCUUUCUGGGACUGACCUUUCAUCCCAAUUACAAGCACAAUGGCAAGUUGUAUGUGUAUUACUCAGUGGAGGUGGGUUUUGAUGAGAGGAUCAGGAUCAGUGAGUUCCAUGUGUCAGUCCAUGACAUGAAUACUGUGGAUCACAGCUCUGAACGGAUAAUUCUGGAAAUUGAUGAACCGGCAUCAAACCAUAAUGGAGGGCAGCUGCUGUUUGCAGAUGAUGGCUAUUUAUACAUUUUCACUGGAGACGGUGGAAUGGCCGGAGACCCAUUUGGCAAAUAUGGUAACGCACAGAACAAAUCAGCUCUCCUGGGCAAAGUUCUCCGCAUCGACGUUAACCACAACAAGAGAGGCCCACUGUACAGAAUUCCUCCAGACAACCCCUUCGUCCAUGAACACGGGGCGCGACCUGAGAUUUAUGCCUACGGUGUGCGCAACAUGUGGAGGUGCUCAGUGGACCGCGGCGACCGCCACACUAAAGAGGGCAAAGGGCGUAUCUUCUGCGGAGACGUGGGCCAAAAUAAGUAUGAAGAAAUUGACAUCAUCGAGAAAGGUCGAAAUUACGGCUGGAGAGCCAAAGAGGGUUUUUCCUGCUACGACAAGAAGUUGUGUGCCAACACUUCACUAGAUGAUGUCUUGCCUAUUUAUGCGUAUCCUCAUAAAAUGGGUAAAUCGGUUACUGGUGGCUAUGUCUACAGAGGCUGCGAAUACCCUAAUCUCAAUGGCAUGUACAUAUUUGGAGACUUCAUGAGUGGGCGCCUGAUGAGUCUGCGUGAGGACAGAAGUACAGGCCAGUGGGGUUACAGUGAGAUCUGCAUGGGGAUGGGCCUGACGUGUGCGUUCCCUGGACUCAUCAACAACUAUUACCAGUACCUCAUCUCCUUUGCUGAGGACGAAGCUGGAGAACUAUACUUCAUGUCAACUGGAACGCCGAGUGCUAUGUCACCUUCAGGAGUUGUUUAUAAAGUGGUUGAUCCUUCAAGACGAGCUCCACCGAGACAGUGUCACUACGACCCUCUUCCAGUGCGAGUGAAAAGCAAUCUCAUCAAGUUUGUUCCUCAGGAAUCAUUGAUUGGUGUUGAACCACCAACCAAAAGUACACCUAAGCUACAGCCUACAGAAACAUAUGACUGGCUUCAAGAGCUACUUGACCAGCUAAACCAACUAGCACCAGACCAAACUACUUCUUUGCCGUCGACAACUACAACCAGGCUGCCCACUCAUUCAAGGCGGAAAGGCCGGCGCAGGAAAGGCAAAUCCAGAGUGGAUAGUGCACCUGAGCUCCAGAACGGACACGUGAGACUAGUUGGGGACAAUCAAGGCCGCAAUGACCGUGGACGUGUGGAGAUCUUUGUUAAUGGCCAGUGGGGCACAGUGUGCGAUGAUCUGUGGACCACCAAGAACGCUGCAGUGGUUUGCAGGCAGCUGGGUUUUCGGUACGCAUUGAAGGCAGCCAAGAGUUUAGAAUUUGGUGAGGGGAGGGACCUCCAGAUUCUUCUAGAUGAUGUUGUGUGUGACGGGACCGAGUCCAACUUGCUGAACUGUAAACACUCUGGUGUGGGGAGACAUAACUGUGCCCACUAUGAAGAUGCUGGAGUGAUCUGUGGCAACUCAGACUAUGUUAUAGAAGUCUAAAUGUUUCACAGCCACACAGUCAGUGCUAAUUUUCAUUGACUAAAACCUUCUUAAAUUCCAUUCCAGAUUUAACACUGUCAAAAGGAGAUGUUUUGCUGUCUAUAGUUGCUGGUAUAUUUACACAUUUAUGUAAAUGAAAACAGCUACAGUGCUGUAGGGA